AUGGCGGCACCAGCAUCAUCUUGGAAGGAAGCAGAAGAGAGCGUGCUCUCGUGCACAGCUCAAAUCAUGGACCAAGCUGCCGAGCUAUUCCGCUCAAAAGCCAUCACAGACUCGUCGUACACAUUCGAGAGCAAGGUCAUUGCUGGCUCGACGCCAGGCAAGCACUUCCGACAUGUUCUCGACCACCUCAGGAUCCUCACCGACGCCAUCGAGGACUGGCAAGCUCGAUCAAAAAGCGACUCCAGGUCAAUACUGCGGGUCGACUAUGAUUCACGCAUCGCCUCCAAAAUGCCGCACAUCGAGACUUCCGUCUCGGCCUCGCUGCGUGAAUUCGAGCGCACAGUGGACCGCCUGUAUCGCGUCUUCAAGGGAUCCAAUGGUCGUCUCUACAACCAAUCGCUGCGGUUGUGCGCAACGACACCGUUUGUGGUGGAGAUGGACAGCACGGUGGGCAGGGAGCUGUGGUUCUGCGGUCUGCACGCGAUCCACCACUAUGCGCUGGCGAGGGUAAUCCUGGUCAAGGAGCUAGGAUUGAAAGGCAUCGAUGACCAAUUCGGCGUUGCACCGAGCACCUUGGUCCAUCGGGAAUGGCGCAAGGAGUCGAACCGAGCCGAUGUCGCGCGUGACGCAGUUUCGCAAGGCAAGAACGAUGAGCUCCCCGAGACUGGUGCAUCUUCAAGAUCAUCUCGCUCUUCGCGCAGACGCUCGCAGGGCCACUCUGGCCAGCAGUCUCGGCAUAUGCAGUCGCGUCGUCAGGAUCAAGUCAAGUCCAAGCUGUGA